CCUAGUCCACAAUACAUUGUAAGCAAAGCAGAUGUGCUGCUUUUAAGAAAAUGGCAAACAGCUUCUUCGUGCUAGCCAUCUGUCUCCUGGGAUGUCACCUCUGUGGCGAAUGUGCAGGUGGGUUCAUUUUAAACCGAAUGAGUCACUUGAAAUGAGACCAGGGUCCAGUAGGCAGAUAUGCGAUCAAUAAUUUACAAGGGAGGAGAAACAUUUCACUCUUGUCAAAUGUUUUUUAUGUAUAUGAUCUUUUUUUUUUUUUAAUGUAGUUGCCAGAGGAAUAACAUCUGUUGACCCAACUUUCAUUAAUUUAAAGAACUGAGGGGUGGUGGCGGCUUCAUAUAGCCUUCAGUUCACAGUGUAGUUAAAUUAAGAAAUGCAAUAUCUCGGUGCACAUUUUGACAGAUAUGAUUUAGCGCCUGGCUACUGUUUUAUGAGUAGCUUUGAUUUGUUGAUAAUUUUAAUGUGCUUUCAUUUUUUAAAAAUGAUACUUGCACUGUAUAUUUUUGAUGUGUAUUUAUUAAAACAUAUAUAUUUAUAUACCACUAUUCAUUACAAAAAUAUCAGAGCUGUUUGCAAUUGUACAAAAAGAAGCCUGCUACAAAAAACAUGUAAAAAAAAAGUUGAAACCAGAAAUCAGCAAACUGUUGUAGAAAGAUGUAUUCCUAACUGCCUUCAUAAACCUGUGACCAAAGAAAAAUUUCAGGAGGCAUUUAAACAUUGAAACAGAAGGUACCUGUUGAAUCACUAGAGGCAGGGUAUUCCACAGGACUCAGCUGAUGACAAGGAAGGCUGAUUUUCCUCUUGUCAUAUGAGCCUCUCUGACUCAGAGGACAACUGACUGCAUUCCUGCAGACGAUCUUGGCGAUCAAGUUGGGAUAUAAGGGUUCGGGUAGUUGCUUAGGUACUUUACCUGUUCAGGGCUUUGCAAAUUAUUAAAGGAACUUGAACGUGGCUCGGUAGUAGAUGGGCAGCCAAUGAAAAUGUUUUAACAAUGGUGCCUCAUGAUAUCCAUCAGAUGCCCUCUUCAGCAGUCUGGCCGCCGCCUUCUGCACCAGCUGGAGUCCUGGGUUCUGGCAGAAGAAAAAACAAUUAAUAUAAAUAGAUUAAACAAGGAAGAAGAAAUUGUGACAGUUCCAAUUAACCAGAGGCUGCAGUGCUGUGUUUAGAGUGUUGGACUAAGACCUGGGAGACCAGGGUUCAAAUCUCCGAUCAGCCGUGAAGCUCACUGGGUGACCUUGGAGUCAGUCACUCAAUCUCAGCCUAGCCUAACUCAAAGGGUUGUUGUGCAGAUAAAACAAGGGGGAGAACUAUGUGUGCGACCUUGAACUCCUUGGAGGAAAGGUGGAAUGUAAUAAUAAUAAUAAUAAUAAUAAUAAUAAUAAUAUUUUUUAAAAAAUUGCAUAGACAAAUAAUGAUGAAUGAAAAUAAAUAUAAUUUUUUCCACAUUUGGCUUAUAAGCCUGAACAGAUAUUUAAAAUGCAAUUUGGGAUAUUUACAGGGAGUUCACCUUAAAAAAUGAAUACUAUUUUGUGUGGUUAUUUCAAAUUUGGCAGCUGAUUCAAACCUUGUUUAUGGAAUAGAUUAGGAAUACAGUAAAAAAAAAUGCAUAAAAUGUACUUUGAUGCUUCCUUUUUCUGCAUUUUAGGAUGUGCAUCCAGCUGCAUACUUCAGGCACAAUUCAGCCAGAGUUAUACAUGUUUAAGUCCUGUGGCUUUUGAUGGAUUUUGAUGGGCAAGUUAAACUCUUGCUUGAACUUGUCCCACUGAAAUCAGUGGUAUGAAUGACCACAUAACUAGCUGUGUGGCUCAUUCCUUAGCUUUGGCAAAUAAGUCAUAGGUCACAACUGGGUGUUUAAUUAUUACCUUAGUGAGAGCAGAGAAUACAGGGACUGAGGGAGCCUCCUUCAAUAGGAUUUCUGUAUGGCCAACUGCCUUGGAUUGUGACAGUUCUGUUUUUUACAGUUCGUAUCAUGCUUAUGAUCUGUGCAACCAUCCCCUCUGUUUCCGAAAUAGGGUUGCCAUAUUUCAAAAAGUUGUUAAGCUUUUCUUGACAAAGUUCUUGGGUGGGUUUUGUUUUGUUUUUGUUUUGCCAAAGAAGUUGUUGCGGGCUUUUUUGUGAAAUCUCAACAACAACAGAAAUGAGUUUUUAUAGCUGCCAUGUGGCCAGAUCUUCCUCAAGCGAUUUCCACCCAAAUGCUCCUUUGGGGUGGAGGUGCUGAAUACUGGCUGUGUCUGAAAAAUUCCAGACAUAUGGUAACCCUAAGAAGACAAUGCUGUUAUACAGCCAAUUUGGAGGGGGGCGGGGUGAGAGGGUCUGGUGUAGUAUUUUUAUCUACCCCAUUUCAAGAAGGAAAACACUUCUCUCAUAGAUAAGCAGUGGAGAACCUCAGGCCUGGAUGGGGGCAAAUGCAGCCCCCCAUGUCUCUCAAUUCGGCCCUCAGAUUCUUCCGCAGGCUCCACCACUCACCAGCCUUGCCCUUGAGUGUUUCUGCCUGGCUGGAAUGUGUCCUUGAAUUGCAACCAUGCCUUUUGCUUGUCAGAGUGGAUGGAGAGAGGAAUGCAGUUGAAUGUAUCCCCCUUUAAAAAGGUAAAUCACAUAUUUUGCUCCACCCACUUUUCCUCUGACUCCACCCACCCAUGUGGCCCCUGGAAAGCUGCCUAUGAGGGAUGCAGCCCCUGAGGUGAAAAUAUUUCUCCACUCAUGGAAUGGAUGUCACAGGUUUGCAUUUUCAACACUCCCCGGUGUUGCAAACUCUCUGCAACCAGAAGGCCAACACUGAAGCUAAGUGGCUGCACUAGAAUCUCCCAGCCUGAUGGAGUCGCUUUCUACUUGCAGAGCAUUUUUGACACAUAGGAGCAGUCUGAACUUGUAUCUCCAGUCUGCAUUCUGAACUAGGUUGGGCUGGUCUUCUUCCAUCUCAUUUUACUGCACUCAGCCUCAGUAAUCCUUACAACACACCUGUAAGCUAGGGUAGCAUUGAUGGUGUUGGCAUCCAUCUGUCUUGGGACACCUUCAGGGGUAAAGUCAAAACUGUUGAAGAGUUACAGUGCCUGCUGCAGCUAUAGACACCAAAAUGAGAGAGACAUUUUUUUAUUGCAGUGGGGCGUCUGGUUUCACUGGUGCAGAUGAAUCAUGGUUUUUCGUCUCUCUGUGCCCUCCCAGCAGCCAUUUCUUCUAUGGUCAUUGCUGUAGAUGCGCAACCUGACUGUCUGUCUCCAGGCACUGUGUCUGCAAGGGUGGGGUUGAUGUAGCCAGCCUUCAUGUCACAUUUGCAGACAUCUUUGUAAAGCAGAGCUGGUCUGCGAACAGGCCUGGUGCCUGAAGACAGGUCCCCAUAGAACUCAUCCUUGGGGAGCCUUCCAUCCUCCAUUCCGUGUACAUGACUAAGCCAGUAUAGAUGUUGUUGAGACAAGAGUGUGAACAUGCUGGGAAUGUGGACACAUAUUGCCUGAUACUUGUUUCUGCCAUGUGAUGCCCAAAAUCUUCCUGACACAGCACAUAUGGAAAGCAUCCCAGCCGGUGUAAAUUGCCCGUGACUAUAAAGCUGUGUGCUCACCGCACAAGCCUGGUAGAGCUUCAUCUUGGUUUUGGUCAUCACAUUCUCCCAUAUCCUUUUGGAGAGGUGAGCCAUUGCCAUCGCUGCCUUGCCACUUGUCGAGCUCAGGGUCCAUGGAAAGGUUGGACAGGUAGACAAAACUGUCUACCACCUCAAGGGUGUGAUCACCAGUGCUGAUACCUAGUGUGCUGGCAGUGUCCUGACCCAAGAGGCUGGUCUUUGUCAAGCUGAUGGCGAGACCAAACUCGAGGCAGGCUUGGGCAAAACAGUUGAUGAGUCUCUGGAAAACUUCCUCAGAGUACACUGUCAGGACUGCAUCAUCUGCAAACAACAUCUCAGUCGGGAUUUGAACCCAGGUCUUAGUCUAACACUCUACCCCUGGCACUACACUGGCUGUAAUAAUGUCUUGCCUACAUCCAUCCAGGUGAAUUUGUGGCUGUGGUGAGAUUUGAGUGGUGAACCUCUUGGCUUUUUCUAUUUACCAGCAAGUCUCAACCUCAAGAACAUCCAAGCAUCCAAACAGCCAUGGCUUUCAAAAGCCAUCAAUUGUCCCAGGGACCCUGGGUAGUUAUUAUUCCAGUUAAUUCUUUUGCUCAUUUCGCUCUCUGACCUGUUGCUUCUUUGCAACUUGAAGUUUUUAUAAACCAGGAUGAGGCGAAUGCCAUUUUGCCACGCUACAAAAGGUACAACUCUGGGCGGCUGGAAGAAAUGGUUCAAGGAAACCUCGAGCGCGAGUGCCAGGAAGAAAGAUGCAGCUAUGAGGAAGCAAGAGAAGUAUUUGAAAAUGAUGAGAAAACGGUGAGUUCCAGUUAUUGGAAUGCAAGAUCUAGAACUUCACCAUGGGUGUGCAAUUGAAAAAAGAACCUGCUAUGCAAUCUAGAGCUGUUUACAAGGAGUCUUGUGAAAUUCUUCAUCCUACUGACAGGCAGAUUUUUUUUAUUUUAUUUUUCUGAGCAGGUUGGACUAUUUAACUGAAUUUCUCCCAACAGGAGGAGAAAUUCUCCCAUAGUUUGUUGCAAGUUAGAAAGAGCAGCCCCUCCCAAAAUGUGUGUGUGUGAGAAAGGUUCCACUAGUGUGAUCUCACUGAGUUCAAUGGGGCUUUUUAGCAGGUAAGUAUGUACAGCAGCCUUAGUGUGCUUUACCAAACCUCUUUAGUAAAUCCCAGUGAACUCUAUGAUUCUGUGCCAAGGUAUCCAAAUUCUGUACUUAGAAAAUUUUGUGGCCUACAGACAAAGUAGAUGUAUGUGAGUCCCCUUAUUUUCCACAUUCUGCCACUUUUACUUUUUUGCAUAAUUAUUAUUUUGCUGGGAUAGGGAGUGAGAAGGGCUUGAGCCCUUCAUUGGCUUCUGAAAAGCAUAUUUAGCUGCCAGUUUAGCUUUUGCACUUAGUAGGCACAACACCUCAGACUUUAAAGGAUGCCUUAGUUUGGCAGCAAUGAGGACUAGAAUCCUGGUUUGCUUUUGAAAUGAAAAUAGAAGCUGACUUCCACAGCAAAAAACAUAAGAUGUGGGUUCUCUGUGAAUGUACUAUCCUGAUUAUUUUCAACUGUAGAUGAUUAGAAGGAGUUUGUUAUGUACUCAGUCAUGGGUUAAAGGCAUUGACAUCACCCUUGUGCAUGAUUUGAACCCAUAAAUCGGUGCAUAAAUCAUUAUACAAAUGUUAUAUAGAUGGCUUAUAUAUGUUACUUGCUUUCCUGCUUUCAUUUUCAUUUGAAUUCAGCUUUACCAUAUUUCUUGCAGAUGGAAUUCUGGAAGGUAUACCUUGGUAAGUAGGCUUUUUUAAAAAAAUGACACUUCAAUUGCAUUGCAGUACUUUAUUCUCAAAAUGAAACAGUUGCAUUCCAACUGGAAUCAUGGAAAGGGCCUGUAAAUGGAAAAUGAUUGACUCCUGAGUUUUAGGGCACUCUGUGUGUGGGAUGUGUGUGCGCAGGGCCUUGCAGAGCCAGGCAGAGGCCCCGGGCCAGGUAGAUAAGGUGCCCCCCCUUUUUUUACCCUGGGGAUAACUGAAGUCUUAUAAAUAAGUAAGUAUAUAAAUAUGCUGACCGAGGCCCCCUUUGGAAUCAGAGACCCGGGCAAAGUGGCCCAUAUGCCCCCCCCCCCCGUCUGGACCUAGGUGUGUGUUCGCUUUUAACAUACUGUUGUACAGUUGCAUGCAUAAGGUCUGUCGCUACCAUUCUGAAAUUCAGACAGAGCAGAACCCGAAAGAAACCAGCAUAUUGGAAAAAACAAUAGAAGAAAACUGGGGGAAUCCAUUAAUUCCUACCUGUAAGAUGUUAAUUUCCCAUCUCUCUCUCCCACCCCCUCCCUUUUUAUGGCCCGUUGGUAGAGUCCAUGCCAAAGGUUCCUUGUUCAGUCCAUGACAUCCGCAGGUGGGUCUGAAACUCUAGAGAGAAACUGCAAGGCAGGGUGGACAGCACCGAGCUAAAUAGACCCAUGAUCUGGCUUCGUAGAAAAUAGCUUCCUGGAUCUAAUGCUGUAUUUGGAUUGGGAUAAUAAUCCUUGAUACUGGAUUAUUGCAGAAAUGCACUUUAUGUGGGGCUGUGUUGGGACAGGUGUGGAACCUCCAGCUAGUGAAGAAUGCAGUGGCAAGACUGCUGAUAGGGGCAGGCAGCCUUGCAAAAAUAUUUGUACUGACUGCCCAUAAGCUCCUAGACUAGGUUCAAGGCUCUUAUGCUGGUCUACAAGCCUUCAACAACUUGGCCUUCCUCUCCCAGCUUCAUCUCUGAAAUAAUGUAGAGACGCCCUGCAUGUUACAGAGGCCUCACUAGCUUCAAAUUAGUAGAGACACACUAAUGGUCCCUCUUGCUGGCAGCUUUUAGGAGCUACAGGUGAAGGCUGAGUGCAAGGUGGGGACUGAAGGUGGAUAAACGUCCCCAGAAGAAGAAGCACAAUUUGCCCCCCCCCCGAGAUACUACCCCUACCCUAACACCCCCUCCACCCCGUCUUUUUUGCUUAUGCUCUAAAGUACAUGAUAAAGAUGGGUAAAUAGCAAUGUAACUGUUGGAUAAUGCAAGUUCCUAUUACAUUUCCUUCUUCUUUUCCAAGACGGAAACCAGUGUGACUCAAACCCCUGUUUGAACGGAGGUCGGUGUGAAGAUGAUAUCAGUAACUACAUAUGCUGGUGUCUGGGUGGUUAUGAAGGAAGGAACUGUGAAUUAGGUAUGUUAAGAGGGAGUCUGUCUCUGUUGCACAAUGCCAUAAAUCAAGAGGGUGUUAAGCAACCAACCAUUGUCGAGUAUGGUAGUGUGUCAAAGGCCCUAUCUGCACUGCUCUUUUAAAGCUGUAUGGCACCACUUUAAGCAGCCAGGGCUACCCCCAAAGAAUUCUGGGAGCUGUAGUCUGUUAAGGGUGCUGAGAGUUGUUGGGAAACCCCUAUACCCCUUCAAAGCUACAGUUGUCAGAGUGGUUUAACAAUCAAAUCCUCUUCCCAGAGAGCUGUGAAGGGAUGAAGGAGGACUUUGGGGACAAGCUUUGAGGGGAGGGGGAGGGGUCUUUUGGGCAAGGCAUAAAAGGGGUUGUGGUUGGCAAUGGGGUGAGAUGUUUGGUGGGGUUUGCGAGCAACAUGAGCAGCAAUGGCAGGCCCUAGUAGAAACAUAAAUGCUGAAGUCAUUUUGUAAGUUUUCCUGUGUGAACCAUCCCUUAAUGUUGAUCAGUGAUGGGACUUCUUCAUUGUCUCCAUGUUCUCCACCCUCCACAGCCCUCUUCUGCUCUUAACCCAUGAUUAAAUUUGAUUCCCUUUACCCCAUUGCAAUCAGAUGCUACUUGCUCCACAAAGAAUGGAGGUUGCAAACAGUUUUGUAAGAAUGGCCCAGGAGGGAAAGCAUCCUGUUCCUGUACUUCUGGCUAUAGGCUUCAGGAUGAUCAGAGGAGCUGUGAGCCAACAGGUAAGUCUCCUUUUUGUUACAGCUUUAUUAAAGUUUUGAGCUGUAAAUCUCCCACACACUCUACAUAUUUAAUAUUUCAGGCCUCUGUUCCUGUCAUGGACACAUGUUCCACCAAAAUAAAAUAAAAAUGCACAUUCUUUCUAUUUGAUGUAUUUAAGAUUGGGUGGAAUGGGUGCUGUCCAAUAAGUGCUUGCUACCUUCACACUAGAACAUACACUCAUCUGUUUCAUCACCUCUAGUGGGCUGUGGCUGUUCUGUUUUUAAAACCUGUAAGGCAUGAACUAGAUUUGUCCCAUCAACCUUCCCAUUUGACCCACAAGGGCAUUUUGGCAAAGCUACACCCACCUACCUUUCCUGUGGGAUAGGGCAGCGUUAGGCAAGAAUAUCUUUGCAGGCACAGGACAUGCAAAGCCCCUUGUGGAGUGUGGGGAGGCGGAAUCUCCAUAGGGCUGCAAGCCUCUUCCUCCAAAACAGUCCUUCCAAAACUUGGCCUAGCCUCCAGUUCCGAAUCCCAGUUCCUGGCUUCCAUAUGGCUACCGUAUGGUUCUCCUCCAGCAUCCAGCCACUAGAGCACAUCAGAUUGGGGAAGACUGCUUGAUGGAAAAGGCUGCUCGAAGAAACCUUUGCCCUGAGCUACCAGAAGUCAGCCAAAAUAACUAAUCCAUGCCUACUGAGUACAGUGUCAAAACCAGCAAGUCAUUACUAAGCAAGAGGCAUUUGUCUGCAAUGCUGUUGUGGGCCAGAGUCCCCUCUGUCAGAGGCAGGGGUGUUGUCUUCUUCUUAUUUUGUUUCCCCCAGUGCCCUUCCCAUGCGGAAAGGUCACAGCUCAAGAGGCAGUAAAGAAGCUCACCCGCUCAAUGCCAAAUACAUUUGACGACUGGUUGCUCACCAACACUACGGAUGACCUUGAGGAGGAGUCAGGAGACAAUGCCACCCAGGUUGUUUCCAAAAUAGGAGCCAGAAUUCGAGUGGUUGGUGGCAUGGACAGCAAGAAAGGGGAGAUUCCUUGGCAGGUACUGUAGUUAUCAUGGUUGCUUUGUCAUUUGGGGGUGCCUAACCUUGCAACUUCUUGUUCUUGUUCGCCAUUAGGAAAUUACAAAAAGCCAGUGUGGUUCUUUCCAGAUGUUGCUGUGCUGCAACUCCCAUCAUCCUUCACCAUUGGAAUGCUUCCUUGGGGCUGAUGGGAAUUGUAGUCCACGAACGUCUGGAGGGCACCAUGUUGGCCAUACCUGCUGUAAUGAACACUGGGCUUUAACUAAUGUAGGAGGAGGGAAGCAACUCCUACAGCUAACCUUUCUCACUCUGAAACAAACCUGUCACCCACUCAGCACAGCUGAAAUCAAGGAAAAGUUACUCAUCAAAUGUACAAACUCAUUCCUUUUCUCUGUUCCACUCCUUAGUUUAGGGCCACAGUAAGAUGGAUUAGUCCUUGAGGUGACACAAAGCUCUUUGUUAUAUUUAAGGUGUCAGCGAGUGUCUGAAAUUCAAUUACUGUUGACAUUUGCAAGGGAGAAAGGACAAUUCCAGACACAUUUUGUGAAUGUCCCCAAGUCACAUGAAGUCAGAUAUUGGCCUGUGGGCAAGGGACUGCCCACCUCUGAACUAGAAGCAGAUGUUUCUUGGAGAGACUAGAUAUUGUAUGGACGAUGUACAAAAUGCUGUUCAGAUGUGCACAUUCCACAAGUCCUGUUUGAGAAUGUGCAUAUUUGCCAGGCAAUGUGUACCCUUCUCAUGGGCACAUUCUCCAUGAGGCACAGUGAAUGUGUAGAACAGGUGGUUGAUAUGCACAUCAACCACCCAACUCACAUGAUAACAUACAUAGAUCUAUAGGUAUUUUCCCUUUCGCAGGGUGCCAGCGAUCACAUCCUGGUAACUAUCAAGAGAGGCAAGCAUCUCUCUGUGUUCAGGGGCACUCACACAAUGUAGCUAUGGUCAAAAUCACUUCUGCAUGUAAAAUUUCCAUAGCCUUCUGGAUUGGACCAAUGGUGUUCUGUUUCCCAGGGUGCCCAAACCAUAGCACAUAUGUCCCAGUAACGUAGACAACAGACAUGCUGUACACACAGUUCUGCAAGCCCCCUACUCAUAGUCCUGUUCUUUGCUAUCAGGCAACCUUCACCUUCCCUUUGAAAAUGAGUCUCGCCCAAAGUUGAGUAGGUCUCCAGGCUGGUUAUAUAAAUUUCCCAUGGUCUAGUCCAGCCUUCUCUGCAUGCAGGUUUAUAUCCUCAACGAAGAGCAGAAAGGAUUCUGUGGAGGCUCAAUCGUCAAUGAAAGAUGGAUCGUCACUGCAGCCCACUGCCUUGAGUAUGUGCCCCACACUGUUGUGGCAGGUAAGUCACGGAGUAAUGUUUGUGUGAGUGCUGUGUUCCUCCUUGCCACAUUUUUGCCAGAGCAGGGACGGGGAACCUCAGGGGUAUUUUCAGAAACAAGGAGGCAGGAAGAGAACAAUCCAAGCUGAGUCCAGGCUUUUGGUCUGGAAAAUACCUGUGGUUCCUCCCACCGUUCCUCUGCGUCCAACUAGCCCAUGACAUCAAACAUGAAGGCAAGCAGAUGGAGGGGGUGCUGGCUGAGGUUGGGGGGGCAGUGCCCCUAUGUGCUCUAAUGGAUCAGGCCCCUCUUCCAUCAUCAUCAUCAUCAUCAUCAUCAUUAUUAUUAUUACUAUUAUUACUUUAAAAGGAUGCUUUGGCUCUUUAUCAGGUGAGCAUAACGUCAACAUUGAUGACGGCACUGAACAGCGUCGCCGGGUGAUCAGAACGGUCCCCCACCCAACCUACAACGCUAGCAACAAGUACCACAAUGACAUUGCCCUUCUUGAGCUGGACUCGCCGCUGGAGUUCAACCAGUAUGCCGUUCCCAUUUGCAUUGCGGACAAAGAGUUCACAAACAGCCUGCUCAAGCACAGCAUCGGCACUGUGAGUGGCUGGGGGAAGCUGGCGUUCCAAGGAAGGCUGGCUAGCAUCCUACAAGUUCUCAAAGUGAAAUACAUUGACCGGCCAACCUGCCUAAGGAGCACCAGGUACCCCAUCUUGCCCAACAUGUUCUGUGCUGGCUACUCAGAUGAAGAGAAGGAUACAUGCCAAGGGGACAGCGGGGGCCCUUACACUGCAGACAUUGAAGGCACCUGGUUCCUAACGGGGAUAACCAGCUGGGGGGAGGAGUGUGCGAAAAAGGGCAAAUAUGGCGUCUACACCAGAGUUUCAAAAUACAUUAAGUGGAUAAAAGACAUGACAAGUUUGAAUGCAAAUUAACCCAGAGUUGUGGUUGGGGGAGAAGUUUUGAAAAUCCUUUUAGAUUUGCAUUUCUCCAAAUUUUCCAAAGCAGUUAUCUCCAGCCAAAAGUACCUGUGCAGUAGGGUAAUAUAUGCAUGGAAAUGGCAAAUAUAUAUUCAAGAAAAUAACAUUUUAAAAAACAAGAGCAUUUGGUGAAAUCAGCAUUAAAAUGCUGGUGGAUUUUCAUAAGGAAUCCCUGCCCCCAGAGAGACUGCAAAUUAGAGGUGUGGAAAACUUUAUUUUAAGAUUGGGAAUAAAUGAGAAACAGGGAGAAAUUGAAAAUGACUGAUUUGCCCAUCCUUGCCGAAAUGUAUUCCAAAGAAACAUAUGAUUGUGGGAAGGGGGCAACACACACCCCUUCCCCCCUCCCAAGAAGCCCCUCCCAAGCCCCCGUUUUUUUAAAAAAUAGUUUCACAAAACUGAGCACACAUCUUUAAGAAAAGCGUUUACAAAGGAAUUACUACCUAGAGGUAGUGUUGGGCAAUGGGUAGAAUAUUUGGCUUGGAUUACUAAAACUAAUGUUAAUUAUCACGACUGUGGGAAUUUCAAACAAGCCACAUCCCUACCUGUGGUGUUUAAGAGUAAAACACAAGAUUUUAAAUGUAUUGUGGAAAAUUAGCACAGCGGGUGCAUUAGAAUGCAAUCAGCAUUCAGUGUGUUUAUUAUGAAACUGCAAAUAAAAUGCAAUGUAAAAAGCUCCUCUGUUGUUAAUUCAAGCAGCAUAAAACUCCACAC